CUUUCGCUAAACAGCUUUUACUUAUCUUCUUUGAUCGUUUUCAAUAUUAAUAUACAGUUAUAUACCCUUAAGAAACAGCCAUGGAAUUCCUUUAUCUGUUCUCAAGGAGUACUGUUUUCAUGGCGCUUGCCAUUUUUGUUCCUUUAAUCUACUCUUUAUUUACGAAAUCAAGAAAGGCACGUGAUAAUAAGAUUAGACUACCACUGCCGCCAGAACCCACCGGUAGAUUACCAGUUAUUGGCCACCUCCACCUGCUAGGUGGGUCGCAACCACCACACAUAACGCUAGAAAAAAUGGCUGAAAAGAUUGGACCAAUAUAUUCAAUCAAGCUAGGUGUGCAUCGAGCUUUGAUCGUAAGUAGUUGGGAGAUGGUCAAAGAAUGCUUUACUACAAAUGACAAAGCAUUUCGUGAAGGGAAGCGCACAGAAGGGCUAUAUCAGGGUUGGUUAAAGAAUAAAAAUAGCAACAAUAAACUUGAGGUGGAAAUGAUAAAAUGGUUUUGGGACGUAUCUUUGAAUGGAAUAUUAAAGAUGGUUGUAGGGAAAAGAUACGUUGAGUAUAUAAAAAAGGACGAAGAUAUUAAUGAGAGUGGCCACUGGCGAUAUGCUUUGAGGGAUUUUUUCCAAUUAUCUGGCAAAUUUGCAGUGUCUGAUGCACUUCCAUAUCUGAGAUGGCUUGAUAUUGGUGGAGUUGAAAAGGAGAUGCAGAAGACAACUAAAGUGUUAGACAAUGUAAUGACAGGAUGGUUAGAAGAACACAAGAAGAAGAGAGCUUCUGGUAUGGCUAACUCGGAGGAAGACUUCAUGGAUGUAAUGCUGUCCCUACUUGAUGACUCUAAACAGAUUUCCAAUCGAGAUGCUGAUACCGUCAACAAAGCUACUUGCCUGGCUCUAAUUUUGGCAGCCUCCGAUACUACUAAAACUACCUUGACUUGGACUCUGUCUUUAUUACUAAAUAAUCCGGAGGUCCUAAAGAAAGCCAAAGAUGAAUUAGACAUGCAAGUUGGUAAAGAAAGGCAAGUGAAGGAUUCGGACAUAAAGCAUCUAACAUAUCUUCAGGCUAUCAUUAAAGAAUCAUUAAGGUUAUAUCCUGCAGCGCCAUUAUCAGUGCCACGGGUAUCUAUUGAAGAUUGUGUUGUCGGCGGCUACCGUAUUCCAGCAGGCACACGACUUUUUGUUCAUAUUUCGAAAAUUCAAAGAGAUCCACGUGUAUGGGAAAACCCUUCAGAGUUUCAACCAGAGAGGUUUCUUACGAACCAUAAGGAUAUUGAUGUGAAGGGUCAAAAUUAUGAGCUAAUCCCAUUUAGCACUGGAAGAAGAAUUUGCCCCGGAGCUUCUUUUGCUCUUCAAGUUUUGAACCUGUCACUCGCUACUCUGCUCCAUGCGUUUGAUAUUGAAACUCCAUUAGGGAAACCAGUUGAUAUGACUGAGGGCCAUGGUAUAACCAACCUCAAAGCCACUCCUCUUGAUGUUCUUCUUACGCCUCGUCUUCCUGCGCACCUUUACUAAAACAGAAGAAGCUUCUUUUCUUGUUUCUUUAUAUUAAUAAAUUGUA